CUAUGCACGAAAGAAGUUGAACCAAUCAAACAAUCGGGUGGAAGGCAAUGAUACAUCCUUUCUUACCUAAUUAGGUAUUUCGUAAGCCCGGCCUAACAUCGCAACAUUUCUUACGCCGCAAGCCAAUUCAUGCGGUUCAAAACAUUACCUAUUUCGUCUCGAAACGAUGGGUCCGGCUAUUCAUGCGAUUCACAAACAUUGCCUAUUCUGUCUCUACGCUAUGGGCCGAGUUAGGCAAGACAAUUAGGUGAUUAUACGUGACUAUCAAUCCUCGUCGAUGUCGUCGACGGUAGCGAGUGCGAGUGAUGGUACGAUUCGGGGGCUAGAUGCCGUUCUGUAUUGAGUCUGCUGGAAACUGCUCGAGUAUUAAUAUAGUCUCCUCCGGACUCAUCUUCAGGACUUUAUCUCAGCAUCAUCAUCAUCUCAUCUCACGACAUUCUACCAAUCUCAGAACAAACUAUCAGAACUCUAUCACCAACUCUAAAUCCUUCUCGAUCCAAAUUCAAGAUGCCUUUCUCCGUUCUCUUCCUCGCCACCCGCAAGGCCGGUACCACACCCGAGGCCUUCAAGGACCACUACGAGAACACCCACAUCCCUCUCCUAAAGGCGGCUGCCGGCGCCGCCUUCCCCCAGACCCACACCCGCCACUACAUCCACCGUGCCGAGGGUCAGGCUCACGUCCUGCUCGGAACUCAGGGUGACUUCGACUACGACGUCGUCGUCGAACUCAGCUUCCCCGACCAGGCCGCCUUCCAGGCCUACGCCGCCGCCACCCACUCCGGCGACGCCCAGGCCAAGAUCUCCGCCGACGAGGAGUCGUUCAUUGACCGCUCCAAGUCGCGUGCCGUCAUCCUCGGCAGCACCGAAGUCACCAAGGCAUAAGGGGCUGCUGCUUCAUCAUUCGCUACGCCCUGAUGGAUGGACCUACCGCAUCCGCUCUUCUCUUGUAGAGUCUUAUUUCGUAGGAUGGCAUCUAUUCGAGUAACGAGAUUAUGUGGACGACUUUGGAUGGGCGGGAGAAUUCACUUGAAGACACGAUGUUUUUAGCUGGAAAGUCUGAAUGAAAAAGUUUUGAUCCA